AACGAGAUAAGAAGUCGGAAAAUGGGUCAGAGUUUUGAAAACUGAGCUUCCGCUUUGGAAUCUUAUCUGAUAUUUCGGGGACCAAAUUCUAGGCUGACUUUAGUUGAUUUCGUGCACUGGAAGCCUACUGAUCGUUGAAAUGGCUGUGCUCUUUAUUCUGGUGAUCCUUUUGCUGGGCUUUGCGGGCUAUGUCGCUUAUGUGGUCCACAAGAAAGGAAUUGAUCCAAAAGACAUUCGCAUCAAUAGCCUCCAGGACGCCAAGAAGCUGCUGCAGCCACCGCUAAGUGGGCGUGGACCCCACAGGUAUCUGGAGAAGAGGGCAUGAGGUUUUGUUUACGGAAACUCACUUUUGGUCGGCGUGCUUGUUGCACCAAGUGACGUGUUGGCCCCAAAAAGGACAUGGUGCGGAAUUCUCAAGGACGGUGCACUGUCAAAGAAUGUGGGUUGCCUUCCCUCCACGCUGCUUCCCUAAAUCUCUGUUUAAGUUUAAUUAAAAUAGUCCUAAUUUUAAUAAACUAAAAAUUUUGGCGCUUUUUGUAGGAAAUGUGAAAGUGUGACCGCUCAUCACAUUCUAAAAUAUACCAGAAAUAAGAUGGGAUUCAAGAUAUA